AUGGAGAAGGCCAAGGCCGUCGAGAGGAUCUUGCAGGAGAAGGCCGAGUCCGUCGAGCAGGUCCAGAGGGCGAAGGAGGCGGCCGAGGUCCGCGCCAAGGAGGCCGAAGUACGAGCGGCGUGCGCGCAGCAGCAGCUGCUUGACCAGGGGCAGCAGCUGCCGGCCAUGGUGCAGAGCAUCGCCAGCUGCUUGCUGCGUGGCGCGGGUUCGCGCGGGCGUUUGGAGAGCUGGGGUGUCAGGGUCAACCCGGCACCGGUGGCGAUCAAGGUCGAGCCGGACGAAGGCGGUGGCCGCGCGAUCACGGAUGCGGGCAGCGCGUCGUCGGCCGCGGCCCGCAAGGCUGUGGAGCAGGCCUCCAUCCGUGGCACGUGGCGGGACCAGGACGAGGGGCUCACCGACGGCGCCCUGCAGGAGCUGAUGCAGCAGUACAGCCAGGGCGGCGGCGCCGCCACGCCCGCCACGCCCGCCACGCCCCAGCCGCCGCCGCCACCCAACACGCCUGUCGACGACGUUGCGACUACGCCCGCGGCUGCAGUGAAAGCGACCGCCGCCUCCGCGGCCGUGGCGGUCCAGGGCCUGCUCAGCGCGAUGUCUGGCAGGCGGGAGAGGCAAGCGCAGACGGCGGAAAUGUCGAGGCCGCUGGCAGUGAUGGGGGCGGCGGAGGCGUGCAGCGAAUGGGACCGGGGCGGCGAGGACACGGCAGCGCAGGCGGCCGAGCAGACAGACGCGGCCAGCUCUGACCGCGAGGCCGACGGCACGGCCGGCGGUGAUGCCGAGCAGGCGGGCGUGGACGAGGCCGACGGUGCAGCCGGAGAGGCCGAGCAGGCGGCCGCGGUCAGUGCUGACCGGGAGGCCGGCGAGAGCGCGGCCGGCGGCGGGGCGGAGCAGACGGACGCAGCCGGCGCGGGCCAGGAGGAGGAGGAGGACGGCGCCGGCGACGGCGAGGCUGAACAGGCGGACGCGGUCCUCUCUGACGAGGAGGCCGACGGCAGCGCUGAUGGCGGCGACCAGGCGGGCGCGUGCGAGGACGACCUGGGCUGCUCCCUCAACGGCGAGUGCCGGGGGGGCCGCUGCGUGUGCGACGCGGCCUGGUCAGGCAGCGCAAACUGCUCCGUGCUGGCGCUGCUGCCGGCGCGGCGGGGAGCGGGCUACGGCGCGGUCAACUCGAGCACAUCGUCUUGGGGAGCAGGUGUCGUAUACGACCCCAUCGGCAAGAAGUUCGUCAUGAUCGAGGAGAUGGACAUGGGCUGCGGCCUGCAGACCUGGAACCUCAACUCCAGGUGCGUCGUCGCGGACUCGCCGACCGUGGACGGGGCCUACACCUUCCGCGGCGUGGUCGUCGACGCGUGGGCGCACUCCUGCGCCCCCGCGAGGGACGACCCGGUGUCGGGCAUCUGGGUCGUCUCGCACCUUGGUGCGGGCGACGCCAACCGGCUGCACCAGAACGCCACCAUGGCGUCGCGCUGCUCUGCGAGCAGCGCUGGCGAGUGCACCGCGGGGCCAGGCCACAAGGAGCACUGCACCCUGCGGCAGGGCUCCGCGGGGACGCUGGAGUGCUCCGUCCGAGGCUGCACUGGCGGCUGCUCCGCAGGGACCACGCCAGCGCUCGGUGAGCCGAGGCCCGUGGUGCCCUGCAGCGGCGGCGACCGCGCCUUCAACGAGUCCGUCACCGCGGGCUCCCCGUACGGCCCCUGGCAGACCUCGAGGCGGCUGCACUCUGGGCUGCACGGCGGCACGGCCGUUGGAGUUCAGGCUCUGCUUCGCUCUGUUGGGCGUGCCCGGCAGCUCAGCUCUCGCAGGGCCGGUCCCCGUCGGACCGACAUCGAGAGCUCGCUCAGCAGCCUCCAGGGCAGGAUGGGAAGCCGCGUCGAGGCCUUCAUUCCGCACGGCGAUCGUGUGGACGAUGUGGGCAAUGAGGACGCCGGCGAGAAUGGCUUCUUGACCACAGCUACAGACAGCGAGACGCUAGCUCAUAUAGGAUACCGCUCAGACGCGGAUGGACUGCGAGCCGUCGCUGUGCUGAGCGUCAUCGCCUACCACAUGAACACAGGAUGGCUGCCAGGAGGCUACACCGGAGUCGAUAUCUUUUUUGUUAUUUCCGGAAAUGUUGUGAUUGCGUCUCUGCUCAGUCACCCGUGCGGCAGCUGCUCGGAGUUCUUCUGCGGUUUCUACGCCCGCCGGGUCAAAGGCUGACCCCGGCGCUGCUGAUUUCCAUGGCGUCCUGUGGAUUCUACAUCGCCAUUAUGGUACCGCCCAUGACUCCUCACCUGAAGGACAACUUCGCAGCCGCCGCCAUUGCGCUCUGCGGCGCUUCCAACGUGUUCUUCGCGUGGCUCGCCCAGGCGACUGGCGACGGCUACUGGGACGAGAUAGCGGUGCAGAGCAGAAACGCAGCCAAUCCAUUUGUGCACCUCUGGUCUCUUGGCGUAGAGGAGCACUUCUACCUCGUCUUUCCCCUUCUCGUCUUGCUCGCGCACGGCUGCCGAGUUGUUGCCUCGGCUGGCUGCCGUCCGCCAUGGCCAGCAUCCCUCAUCAUCUUUGGGGCGUUCGCUGCGCUCUCCGGCUGUGUAUCGCGGGUGAUGACCGUGCACGCCCCAGACAUGGCCUUCUAUCUGCUGCCCGCGCGCUUCUGGGAACUGGCGGUCCGUGCCAUCCUUGCCGACGCCCACGCUGCUGAGAGGCUGGACAUGACAGCGGACGGGAGAAGCGCAGCAGUGGUGGGGGCUCAGGACCUGGUGGCCACACUGCUAAUAGCCUCGAGCAUCGUGCUUGUCACGGUCAGCGUGGGCUUCCCCUUUCCUGGCGCGUUGCUUCCCGUGGCGGGCGCCGCCUGCGUCAUCAUGGCAGGGCGGUGCGAGUCGAGCGCCCUGAGACGCGUCCAGGGGGCAGGAGCUGCCAGGAUCCUCUAUACCUGUGGCACUGGCCUGUUCUUACGUUCGCUGAGGGGACUGUGGUGGACGAUAUGCCCGUCGCCUGGAGGUGCGUCCUGCUGCUCUCAGUCAUGCUCGCGCUGGCCCCUGCGACGUACCACGCGGCGGAGGGGCGUUUCUGGCCCAAGGUGGGACGCCCAGGAUCUCCAAAACAUCAAGCAGAUGAUCAAUGCAAUACCUUGCACAGGAAACUCGAUUCCACCGCGGCCUCACCCGUGGCGUCAGGUAAGCUCGCGGCGUGCAGGGAAGCUUGACCACGAGGGCAAGAGGGCGGAGGACAUCAAGCUCCGCGACGUCUUCACAGAUCCGGCGUCCACAUCUUUGCCCUCAGGUACUUCAAGCCCCCUAGGCUCCAACCUGCCCUUGCCGCCGUCGCACCUCGGCCCUGCAGAGACACGCGCAACUCGGC